GCACCCCACUGCUCCCCCACAUCGCCUCUGCGGGCUGCUGAAAGCUAGGGCUGGCUCGCCCCAGAACGGGUCGUCGGCAGCUGGCUCCCCUGGGACCAGGUCUCCUGUGCCUUCCGGGGACUAUGCACCGGUCCUACUGACCCAGGAGUAGGGGCCUUCGGGCAGGGUACCUGGAAUGGGCUGUUCGUUCUGCAAGAAGCUUGAGCCUGCAUCCAAGGAGGAUGGUGGCCUGGAAGGGGGCUUCAGGAGCCCAGAGCUGGAAGAACGCUACUACCCUGACCCCACUCAAGGCCGGUCCGCGUCCUUCUCUCCCCAGCCCGCCAGCCCUACUUUCCUUAAUUCUGGCAAUACCAGAAGCAUCUCAGGGACCGGAGUUACCACAUUCGUUGCCCUGUAUGACUAUGAGGCCAGGACGGAGGAUGACCUCACCUUCACCAAAGGCGAGAAGUUCCACAUCCUGAACAACACGGAAAGUGACUGGUGGCAGGCUCGGUCCCUGAGCUCUGGACACACUGGCUAUGUUCCCAGCAACUACGUGGCUCCUGCGGAUUCCAUCCAGGCUGAAGAGUGGUACUUUGGGAAGAUCAGCAGGAAGGAUGCAGAGAGGCAGCUUCUCUCGGCUGGCAACCCUCAGGGGGCCUUUCUCAUUCGGGAAAGUGAGACCACCAAAGGUGCCUACUCCCUAUCCAUCCGUGACUGGGACCAGAACAGAGGCGAUCACGUGAAGCAUUACAAGAUCCGGAAGCUGGACACGGGGGGCUACUAUAUCACCACAAGGGCCCAGUUCGAAUCUGUGCAGAACCUGGUCCAGCACUACAUGGAAAUGAACGACGGUCUGUGCUACUUGCUCACGGCGCCCUGUGCCACCAUGAAGCCCCAAACGCUAGGCCUGGCCAAGGAUGCCUGGGAGAUCAACCGGAGCUCCAUAACGCUUGAACGCAGGCUGGGCACCGGCUGCUUUGGAGACGUGUGGCUGGGCACUUGGAACUACAGCACGAAGGUGGCGGUGAAGACGCUGAAACCGGGCACCAUGUCCCCGAAGGCCUUCCUGGAGGAGGCGCAGAUCAUGAAGCUGCUGAGGCAUGACAAGCUGGUGCAGCUGUACGCGGUGGUGUCGGAUGAACCCAUCUAUAUCGUGACGGAGUUCAUGUGCUACGGUAGCUUGCUGGAUUUCCUAAAGGGUCGAGAGGGCCAGAACUUAAGGCUGCCCCAUCUAGUAGACAUGGCCGCCCAGGUGGCUGAAGGCAUGGCCUACAUGGAACGCAUGAACUACAUCCACCGGGACCUGCGAGCAGCCAACAUCCUUGUGGGGGAACAGCUGGUGUGCAAGGUCGCCGACUUCGGGCUGGCACGCCUCAUAGAGGAUAACGAGUACAACCCCCGCCAAGGGACCAAAUUCCCCAUCAAGUGGACAGCCCCAGAGGCUGCCCUCUUCGGCAGAUUCAGUGUCAAGUCGGACGUGUGGUCUUUUGGGGUUCUGCUCACUGAGCUGAUCACCAAGGGCAGAGUUCCUUACCCAGGCAUGAACAACCGGGAAGUGCUGGAGCAGGUGGAGCACGGCUACCACAUGCCGUGCCCCCCGGGCUGCCCCGAGUCCCUGUAUGACGUCAUGGAGCAGACCUGGCGCCUGGAUGCCGAGGAGAGGCCCACCUUUGAGUACCUGCAGUCUUUCCUGGAAGACUAUUUCACCUCCACAGAACCACAGUACCAGCCAGGAGACCAGACGUAGCCUGGCUGGGUGCCGACAACCCUCUGGGAGUAUCUACCUGCCCUUGCCAACCUCCAGGGCUCUCUGGUCCCAGUGCUCCCGGACUUGGAGCCCUGUGGAAUCCUCGCACAUCAGAAGAAGGCCAGAGGCUCUGAACCCAUUUUAUAGAUGGGGCGAACGGAGGCCAGGAACUCAUCUCUUACCUUCUCUGACCCAAGCACUCUUUCUUCCCUUCCCCCCAUGCCCCAUCCAAAUAUCUGUUGCACCUUGCUCAUUCUACAGAUGAAGUCAAUGGGUGCUCAGAGCUCCUCUCUCACACACUCUGACCCCAAGCACCAUUUUUCCUGUCCCACUAGGCUCCUGCAUACUGUUGGUCCCUCUCUUCCAUCUCCUAAAAUUACUGCUACUACUCUGUCCAGUUAUUUAUGAAAUUCUAUGUCGCUUCCUUCCCUUCCCUUUUCCUGGUGAUUUCCCACCCCUUGUCAGCCUGCUCCAGCCCUGGCCCUAAGAAUUCAAUUACUGCUCUCGGUUCUCUUGGGUUUCUCUAAGUUUCGAGGACAGGGAACAUCUUUGCUUGAUACCCUUUCCUGCAGUCGGGACGCUGUGGUCCGGGCCCAGGUCUGAGGGAAAGAGCUGUGGAAGGCUCAGCACCUCUCUGGGUAACGUGUACCUGUCUAUUCAUUAUGUGAGGAAGAACAACGAGAUGUGAACACCGAGCCAUGGAAAUUCCCUGCGCCAUCCUUGGGGAGGCCUCAGGAGGUGAACAGGACAGCUUUGGCUAUUGGGGGGAGGGCAGGACAGGGCAGUGAGCAGUUCCCUCUUGCCUACUAACCACAAGGUACCCAGUGUGUGGAGCUUCAGAAGGCUCCUAAGUCCACAAGUCAGUUCACCACCAGUUGAGAGACACAGAACAGGCCAUCGGAAACAGACGAAUAGAGCUUUGAACCUGCGGACAGCUAAUUCCGCACCUGAGUUCAGCUAAUUUUCCACUCACCCUGGGACAGUCUUAGGCCUCCCACAGAGGCACGGAGAAGAAUGCAACAGACCCUCUGCUGCUGUCGGGUUCCCCAGAACAGGGCAGGGGGAGGAGGAAGGGAAGAGGCCUAGCUCACGGGACCUCACCACGGGAGGUCCCCUCUACCCCAGUGGGCUCUUGGGGACUUUGGAAGUAUCUUUACUUAUUACGGUGUCUGGCAGACCUACUAGCUGGGUCCUCCUCAGAGAAGCUGGGAGCUGGCAGGCCUCGAUUUGGAAACCAGGAGAGUGGGAAGUAUGGAUUCCUGUCUCUGCUCUCAGGAAACACUGAUUGGCCCUCUGACUUAUUGAUGGGGGAGGAGGAGAGCCUGGGAGUUGGGAGUCGCUGGUGCCCUAGGCAAUUACUAAGAAUCUACUCUGAUGGGCCCUUUGCUGAGCAGGACCCUGGUAAAAAUGAGCAAGAUUAUUCCUGUCCUGGAAGAGUUCCCUUGGGUGAAGAGAUAAUAAAUAAUAAAU